UGAAAGUGGGGAGAUGAAAUGAAAGAACAAGGUACCGACCUUGAGAAGCAAGCAAUGGAGACCCAACUGGUAAAACUUUGCAUUGAGGCGGCGUGUGAGAGCAGAGACAGCGUGGAGCAAUGGCGGAAGCAGAAGCGAACUCUCGAGCGCCUACCUUCUCACCUCGCCGACGCUCUGCUUCGCCGCCUUCUCUCUCGUCGUCUCCUCUACCCUUCAUUACUCGAAAUUUUCAGAGAAACUGUGGAGGAGGUUGAUCUCAGAGAUCAAAACUACAUCGAUGCAGAAUGGAUGGCGUAUAUUGGAGCCUUUAAGUGUUUGCGUUCUUUGAAAGUUGCCGAUUGCACUAGGCUCAACAACUCUGCUCUUUGGGCCAUUACAGGGAUGACGAGAUUGAAGGAGUUGGAUCUUUCUAGAUGUUCUAAGGUCAAUGAUGCUGGUUUUAGUCAUGUUUUAUCGAUUUCGAGUUUGGAGAAGUUAUCUGUUUCGAAAACUGGUCUUACUGCUAAGGGACUCAAGCAUCUUUCUUCGCUUAGGAACUUGUCUUUGUUGGACUUGGGUGGUUUGCCUGCCAAUGAUAUGACAUUGAACUCACUUAAGGGACUCACAAAACUACAGUACCUCGAUCUUUGGGGAAGUGAAAUAUCAGACCAAGGGGCUUGUGUUCUUCAAGUGCUACCCAGUUUGAGUUUCUUGAAUCUAACUUGGACCAAUGUUAGGAACUUGCCAAACUUGUUGUCACUCGAGUGCCUGAACAUGAGUAACUGUACAAUUGAAUCUCUACUUAAAGGGGGUGGUGAUAAAGCUCCUUUAACUAAACUUGUUAUCUCUGGUGCCACCUUUGUAGACGACUCUGAAGCCUUUAUGCAUACCGAAAUGAGCUUUCUGACCUAUCUUGAUCUAUCAAACUCGUCACUUCGCACAUUCCACUUCUUAUCUCGUCUGAACAUGCUGGAACAUUUGAAUCUCAGCUCCACCGUGGUGGGAGAUGACGAAGCUGAAGAGAUCGCAAGUAUAGGAGAAAAUUUGAGGUAUCUCAACCUUAGCAAGACGAAAGUGAGCAACACUGGAAUAGAAAUCUUAACUGGACAUGCUCCCAAACUCGAAAUAUUAUACUUAUCUGAUACAUCAGUUGAUGAUAUAGCCAUCUCGUACAUCAGCCUAAUGCCCUCUCUGAAAGAUAUUGACUUGAGCAAUACAAACAUUAAAGGUCUCAUUUACCAAGCUGGUGGCCCUGAGAUGGAUCCAAUUUUGUCAUUGCAAGAACUGCAAAGACUCAAGAAUUUGAAAAAGUUGAAUUUGGAGGGAACCCAAGUGAGGGAUGCAGCUCUGUACUCUGUGUCAAGCUUGCUUGAGUUAACCCAUUUAUCACUCAGAGAUGCAUCUCUUACAGACAUCUCUCUAUCCUACAUGUCAUCUUUAACAAAAUUAACAAAUCUAGGCAUACACGACGCUGUGCUUACAAACUCGGGGCUGCACUCAUUUCAACCCCCAGCUUCGCUGAAAAUGAUGGAUGUUAUGGGCUGUUGGCUCUUGACUAAGGAUGAUAUCGUUUCAUUUUGUAAAACUCAUCCUCAGAUCGAAGUAAGACACGAACAUGUUCAUGUCGUUCCGUCAGACCAAAGCUGUUUGAACCGUCCAUCUCCUUCCCGAUCAACUUCCAAGACAACAACACAAUCGCGUCAGCAGAAUAGAAAGAUACCCAUGUCUCCUUGUUUUGUAGAUCAAAGGUUGAAGUACAGCAGGGAAGAGCUACUUGGGCUGCAGCAAUUUUCAUCUUUAUCCCUUGCACCGUCUCCUCGCGAUGGAGAAGCUUCGACGAUUGGAAACUCGCCAUUGGAUUAGCUAGAAUUGCUUCUCAAAAUGUUGUUGUACUAUAACCAAUGUAGUCUAAUUGAUAAAACACAGUUUUUUCUUUUCACUCUCUCGGUACUCCAUUUUUUUUAUGAUUAUUAGGAAAAGGCUUAUUAGGAUUUUUUCAUACAAACUAUUACAACUACUAAAUCAUGUCGCCUGAAUCUUUUGGCUUGAUAAAAAUUCUUCUUGAACUAUUCACAUUA